AUGUCGCCCCUAUUCAUCUUAUUUAAGCAAUCCAGCUAUCGAGCGUUAGGCAUACCAUCCGAUGAAAGUCUAAGGGUGACAAUAUUUUGCACAAGCUGUGCUAAUGCUGAUCAUCAACAUGAUGCUUUAGGUCGGACGCCAUUGCAUAUGGCCGCAUCUUAUGGCAGAUAUGAUUUAGUUCGUUGGCUAAUCAAGGAUCGUAAAUUAGAUGUCAACGCUCGCGAUGAUGAAUCUGGAUGGACGCCAUUACAUCGUUGUCUUUUUUAUGGCCAUCUUGAUGUUGCGGCAUUGCUUGUUAAAUUAGGUGCAGAUCUCUUUGCAGAGGAUCGGGAAGGACUUACACCACUUGAUAUGGUUCUAAUCGAUCGAAAGCAGACGUUCCCAUCACUCCAUCUAUCUCCGCCUGCUCAUGUAUUUACAUGGGGAUUAAAUGAUAACUUUACCUUAGGACAUGCUGAAUCGAAUUGUCGCCUACCAGGCAGGGUUAAAUUUAUUACUGCCAGCCAAGCCGCAAAAACAAUUUCCAUCAAACAAAUUGUUAUGUGCCAGUUUCAUUCAGUAUUUUUAUCCCACGAUGGAAGAGUUUUUACGUGUGGUCAUGGACAAGGUGGCCGCUUAGGUAUUGCCGAUGAAGAAACAACAUUACGUGCAAGUGAAAUUAGCAGUAUUACUGGAAUAAAAAUAGCACAAAUUGCAGCUGCCCGUGAUCACACUGUACUCUUAACCGAUAAAGGUGCCGUUUACACCUUUGGUAUGAAUAACUAUCAUCAGUUAGGGCAAGUACCAUCACCCAAAAGAUGCCUUAAACCAAAACAGAUUUCCAGUAAACAUCUACAUAAUAAGGUCAUGAUUGGUAUUGCUGCUGGAACAUAUCAUACUGUUAUGCAUACAAAUGAAGAACUUUAUACCUGUGGCACCAAUUACGGCCAGAUCGGUCACGCUGCAAUGGAAAGACAAGUUACCCUACCAAAAUUAGUAAGCAGUCUAUCACUAGAAAGCUCUACUGAAUUGGUCAAGAGAAAAAUUCAAAUAGUGGCAACUUCUGAAUAUGCAACAGCUUGUACGACGGACGUUGGAGAAAUUUAUAUUAUGUCUGAUUUUAAUAUUCGAAAGAUUAGAAUACCACGCGGCCAACAAUCUAUUGAACGGCUUCGCCUUAAGAGUUUUGCAAUACCGUCAAAUAAUUCCAACUCCAAUGAACAUCGAAUAAUGUUGUUUGUUAUUUGCAAGCCCAAUUUUCAACUUCUUUCCUGGACCAACGAAUAUCGGAAGUUAUAUAUCUGCAAAUGGGCUCAAAAACCGGACAUGCAUAUCAUGGAUAUAGCAUUUACCGAAGAUAACAAAGUUCUGAUUUCAGCAGGCAAUAUAUUUUUAUUCAAAUUUUAA